AUGGGAGAUUUCGCAUAUAAACAGAUAAGAUAUCGUCAAACACAUAGAGAUGAUAAAAAAAAGAAAUCUCCAUAUGGAGGGGGGAUACCUGACCGUUGGCUCGAUUAUAAUGGUGUACAUCAACCAAUUCCUGGAACACGUUUUGUUGCAUUCAAAUGUCCAUUGAAACCUGAAUUACAAAAGAAUUUACCAGCAGAUAUGCGGUUCACACUAGGUGAUCUUGUUGAAAAAUUAGAUGAUCAAGGACAAGAACUUGGACUUAUUAUUGAUCUAACAAAUACAGAACGUUAUUAUAAACCAAUUGAUAUUGCCGACGCUAGGAUAAAAUAUCAUAAAAUGAUGACACCUGGCCAUCAUAAUAUUCCUAGUGAAGAAUGUUAUCAACAAUUUGCUGGUGUUGUCAAAUCAUUUCUUGAACAAAAUCAAGACAACGAAAAAUUAAUUGGCGUCCAUUGUACACAUGGUUUGAAUAGAACUGGAUAUUUGAUCACAAGAUAUAUAAUUGAAUAUUUGAACAAAUCGCCUCAAGAUGCUAUUGAUGUCAAAACAAUCACCACAGAUGUUCAACCACUACCAAAUGUAACGCAGUGGCCAUCACUUUUUUCAACUGAAAAAGUGAUUGAUGGGAAUAAUUCUGAACAAAAAUCGACCAGAUAUGAACGUGAAUACAAGCACAACAACAAUGAACAUCAUCGUCAUCAACAAAACGAUUGUAACAGUGAUAAUUAUUCGUACUCAAGUAAUUAUAACAGUCAACGAUCGGAUAUACAACAGCCAACGUCUUCUAACACUCAACUUUAUUCUGAUCCUUCUAUACAAGCGCCAUUGCCGUUACGAUUUCCAAAUAACAAUAGUAGUUAUUAUUCAUCAAGACGAUCUUAA